AUGGGAGCUUACUCCGCUGUUGCUGGUUUAGUUGUAGAUGCUGUACAAUCUGUUAAGAUGACCAAUGCUCGAGGUGAAGUUAAAUACCCAAUCAAGGGAAUCAAUAUCUUGAAAGCCCAUGGAAAAAGUGCUAGAGACAGCUUUCUGAUGAAUGGUUAUGCUUUAAAUACUGGCCGUGCUGCUCAAGGAAUGCCUCUAAGGGUUACCCCUGCAAAAAUUGCCUGUCUUGAUUUCAAUCUACAGAAAACAAAAAUGCAAUUGGGUGUUCAAGUUCUAGUAACUGAUCCUAGAGAGUUAGAGAAAAUCCGUCAAAGAGAGGCUGAUAUGACUAAGGAAAGGAUUGAAAAGCUAUUGAAGGCUGGAGCUAAUGUUGUUCUGACUACUAAAGGAAUUGAUGACAUGGCUCUUAAGUACUUCGUUGAGGCUGGGGCAAUUGCUGUAAGACGGGUGCGGAAAGAGGAUAUGCGCCAUGUUGCCAAGGCUACUGGUGCAACAUUGGUCUCAACAUUUGCUGAUAUGGAAGGGGAGGAAACAUUUGAACCAUCUUUUCUUGGAUCUGCUGAUGAGGUUGUAGAGGAGCGCAUAUCUGAUGAUGCUGUAAUUAUGAUUAAAGGGACCAAAACUACAAGUGCAGUCUCUCUGAUUUUAAGAGGUGCAAAUGACCAUAUGCUUGAUGAGAUGGAUAGAGCACUGCAUGAUGCACUAUCAAUUGUCAAGAGAACUCUUGAAUCAAAUACGGUGGUAGCUGGUGGAGGUGCAGUUGAAGCAGCUUUGUCAGUUUAUUUGGAGUACCUUGCCACAACUUUAGGAUCUCGGGAGCAGUUGGCUAUAGCAGAAUUUGCCGAAUCUCUUUUAAUCAUUCCAAAGGUGCUUUCUGUUAAUGCUGCCAAGGAUGCCACUGAGCUGGUCGCAAAAUUACGGGCCUACCACCAUUCAGCGCAAACUAAAGCUGAUAAGAAACAUUUAUCAAGCAUGGGCUUGGACCUUUCUGAAGGGAAAAUCAGAAACAACCUGGAGGCUGGAGUCAUUGAGCCUGCUAUGAGCAAAGUCAAAAUUAUUCAGUUUGCUACCGAAGCGGCUAUUACUAUCCUUCGAAUUGAUGACAUGAUCAAGCUUGUCAAGGAAGAAAGUCAAAAUGAGGAUUGA